AUGCCGUCUGAACGCUGUCUCAGUAUUCAAGAAAUGCUGACAGGCCAGAGGCUCUGCCACUCCGAAUCUCACAACGAUAGUGUCCUGGCAGCACUGAAUCAGCAGAGAAGUGAUGGUAUUCUUUGCGACGUUACCCUGAUUGCUGAGGAACAGAAAUUCCAUGCUCACAAGGCAGUCCUAGCAGCAUGCAGUGACUAUUUCAGGGCAAUGUUCAGUCUCUGUAUGGUGGAAAGUGGAGCUGAUGAAGUGAAUUUACAUGGUGUGACCAGCCUUGGUUUAAAGCAGGCUCUGGAGUUUGCAUACACAGGACAGAUUUUGCUGGAGCCAGGAGUGAUCCAGGAUGUGUUAGCUGCUGGCAGCCACCUACAGCUGUUGGAGCUUCUCAGUUUAUGUUCCCACUAUCUCAUCCAGGAAUUAAAUGGCUUUAAUUACUUGGAUCUGUACAGACUUGCUGACCUCUUUAACCUCACUUUGUUGGAGAAGGCAGUAAUCGAUUUCUUAGUGAAGCAUCUCUCUGAACUCCUGAAGAGUCGCCCUGAAGACGUUCUAACGCUUCCUUAUUGUCUGCUUCAGGAGGUCCUCAAGAGCGACCGCCUCACUUCCCUGAGUGAAGAGCAGAUCUGGCAGCUAGCCGUGAGGUGGUUGGAACACAACUGCCAUUACCAGUACAUGGAUGAGCUCCUGCAGUACAUUCGCUUUGGCCUCAUGGAUGUGGAUACUCUCCAUACAGUUGCCUUGUCCCACCCCCUGGUCCAAGCAAGUGAGACUGCAACAGCGCUUGUCAAUGAGGCCCUGGAAUACCACCAGAGCAUCUAUGCACAGCCCGUCUGGCAGACUGGUAGGACCAAACCACGGUUCCAGUCAGACACUCUAUAUAUCAUUGGUGGGAAAAAGCGUGAGAUCUGCAAAGUCAAGGAACUUCGGUACUUCAACCCUGUUGAUCAAGAGAAUGCUCUCAUAGCUGCUAUUGCCAACUGGAGUGAACUGGCUCCCAUGCCUGUGGGAAGGAGCCACCAUUGUGUGGCAGUCAUGGGAGACUUUUUGUUUGUAGCAGGAGGGGAAGUUGAGCAUGCCAGUGGCCGCACGUGUGCUGUGAGGACUGCCUGUCGCUAUGACCCUCGCAGUAAUUCCUGGGCAGAGAUAGCACCCAUGAAAAAUUGCCGGGAGCAUUUCGUGCUGGGUGCCAUGGAUGAGUACCUCUAUGCAGUUGGGGGCAGGAAUGAACUGCGCCAGGUUCUGCCGACAGUUGAGCGAUAUUGUCCCAAGAAGAACAAGUGGACAUUUGUGCAAUCCUUUGACCGAUCCCUUUCAUGUCAUGCUGGAUAUGUGGCUGAUGGUCUUCUUUGGAUAUCAGGUGGAGUAACUAACACGGCACAAUAUCAGAACAGACUAAUGGUAUAUGAACCUAACCAGAAUAAGUGGAUAAGCCGCAGCCCUAUGCUGCAAAGACGGGUUUACCAUUCCAUGGCUGCUGUCCAAAGGAAGCUUUACGUUCUUGGAGGCAAUGACCUAGACUACAAUAAUGACCGGAUCCUUGUGCGACAUAUAGAUUCUUAUAACAUAGACACUGACCAGUGGACACGCUGUAAUUUCAACCUGUUGACUGGCCAAAAUGAAUCUGGUGUUGCUGUCCAUAAUGGGAGAAUAUAUUUAGUUGGAGGAUAUUCAAUUUGGACAAAUGAGCCUCUGGCUUGUAUCCAGGUACUGGAUGUAAGUAGAGAAGGCAAAGAAGAAGUAUUCUAUGGGCCUACGCUUCCCUUUGCUUCCAAUGGAAUAGCAGCAUGCUUCCUUCCAGCUCCGUAUUUCACAUGCCCAAACCUUCAGACUCUUCAAGUGCCUCAUCAUAGGAUUGGCACCAUCUGAAAAGCCAAUACUCUGCUAACAUUCAUCAUGAACAGGAGCAAAAACAAAGGCUUCACUUUGGCUACUGGGCAUGAUAAGACUCAGUGCUCAAUGCUUCCUUGUCUUGUUUUAUAGGUCUUUUAUUCAGAUAAACAUUAGCAAAAAAUGAACAAUUUUCUAAAAUAUGUUAUUAAAAACUCCUGUCACCAUUCUCAGUGUACGUCAACAUACAGUAUGUAUGACUUUUAUUAUGAUGUAGUUUAGUGCCAACUUAAUGGUUCAUCAUUGUUCCAUGGGUCUUUAGAGCAUUCUUCAUGUACUUUUUCUAAUCAGUGCUGUCUAGGAUAAAAUGACAGUAAGGCAAUUUAUUUCACACUAAGAGCAUCAAUGGUCUAAAAAAUAUAUAUAUAUAUAUAUAUAUAUAAAAUCUCACUACUUAAUCCCUUCACUACUUCAACCCAGGUUCAUAAUUUUUCUUUUUAAAAUUUAACAUUAUUCAUCCUCACUCAGUAGAGACUCAGCAUUAUGGCAUAAUAAAUUUUUAAAUCUCAUAUUUUAUUCAAGGUGAUACAAAUAAUAGCAGUACACUAGAAAAGCAGUUGGAAUACCCAGAUUUUUCACCUUGGUUAUUCUGUGACUUUGGGUCUGAGCUUAACUUUUCAAGUUUUCUCACUGUUUAAGGAACACAAUUAUUGAUUCCUAUCUUAAUUCAGAAGAAUGUUGUGGGGAUUAGGCAGAUGCUCUGAAGUGUGUAGCCUAAGAAAAAAAUCUAACUCAAACUACGAGGUAUCUUACUGUUUUUGGAACCAUGUAAAUGAGCAUGGAAGUUAUUUUUGAAGUUUAAAGAUUACUAUGUAGAACUUGGAAAACAUGCUAAGGGAUAAAUGAUUCACAGAUACACUAAUUACGAAAAAGGGAGUUUACCAAAGCCAAUUAUCCCUAAAUUUGUACAAAUCCUUGCCUUGAGUAAUAAUUCUCAAACAUUUUAUUUACAAACAUUUAGUGGAAAAUGACAUUUUAAACUCAAAAAAAUUAGAUUGUACCAAAUAUGUUACAAUAAAGUACUUUCACAUACUUUUAAACCUAGACUUGGCAGUUCUAAUAAGUUCUCCACUUUGUUAAAGGUUAUGUCAAUCUUCAGCACUUUGGGAUUCUUCUCCAUCACCAAUACAUAUUUUAUUACUAGCACUUUUAAUAAUGCAUACAAAUUCUUUAGGCUAGGUUUUCAGAUUUGCUUGUCUACAACAACAAAAAAUAAACCUCAAUGAUCACGUUUGAAUGUAAAUUCAACAAGUAUGUGAGUUUUUAUUUUUUUCCUAAAUCUUGUAAGGAUCUAAGUCAUCUUUAUUAAAAGAAAAACUUUACUGUUUUUUUUCCCCUUGCCAAAAUUUAAUCAUCUAGCACUCCUUAUUUUUUAUAGGAAACUCAUUUCAUUUUAGUAAUCAAAAGUGAAUGAAAA